CGUAGACAAAUCACGGAACCGGCGCGGAUCAGCAAUUAGCAAAGCUGCACUGAAAACCGGUAGGAGCGGGUGGAGAAACCAAACGUGAGGGGGCGGAGAUUUCGAAGCCACCACUGCAGCGUAUAGCUAAUACCACCAACUUUACCAACCGUCUUCAACCAAUUUCUUCACCUAUAAAUCAAUUUGUUCUCUCUGCUCUUAACUCCAUCCUCCUUCCAUUUCUCGAUCUCCGUCGCCUCCACUUUGUUCUCCGCAAGCUCCUCCUCCGUCGUCCAUGGAGUCCGCUGCCGUUCUUCGUCCUUUCAACUGUUCUGUUGGUGCUGUCUCAUAUGUGCGGUCCAUAAUUGAGAGGCCUAGCAUGGUUGCUGUGCAUAAUGCUUCCUGGACCACCCUAAGUAAAUCUCACACCAAACACUCCUCAGUUGAGGGGAAACUUGUUUCUUAUCCGAGAAAGUGGACAGGAACUGUGGUAUCCUGUGCAAAGACAUCCGAAACUGCUGGGGCAGCAGAAUCUGAUGUUAUGUCUGAUAUCCGACCACAAGGAUUGCUGGAAAAGAAUUCUCCAAGAAGUGCAACAUUCCCUAAAGGAUUUGAGGAGUUGGUCAUGAAUGUUUGUGACAAAACACAGAUUGCUGAGUUGAAACUAAAGGUUGGAGACUUUGAACUGCAUCUCAUGCGUAAUAUUGGUGCAACAACAGCUCCUAUGCCAGAUGUUUCUCUUACAAUACCAGCUGCUGUUCCCAGUAAACUGGUGAUUGAAUCAGCUCCUGCUAGCCCACCAGCAACACCACCCAAGUCCUCUACUGAAAAAGUCAGUCCAUUUAUAAAUGUCUCAAAAAAAUCAGCAAAGUUAUCAGCACUGGAGGCUUCUGGAUCCAGUGCAUAUGUUCUAGUGUCAUCUCCAACUGUUGGUUCCUUCCGAAGGGGCAGAACACUGAAGGGAAAGAAGCAACCUCCUAUUUGCAAAGAGGGUGAUGUAAUCAAGGAGGGACAAGUAAUUGGCUUUCUGGAUCAGUUUGGCACUGAACUUCCUGUGAAGUCAGAUGUGGCUGGUGAGGUCUUGAAGCUUCUUAUUGAAGAUGGAGAUGCAGUUGGAUAUGGGGACGCCCUUAUUGCUGUCUUGCCAUCAUUUCACGGUAUCAAUUGAACCCCGUGACCCAUUUGCGAUAAAUAAGUUGUCGCCUCUGUGGGAGAGCUUCAGAACUUGCAGUCUACUUCUUCAAAUUGUUCAGUUCAUUCUCUUGUCAUGGCUCCUUGUCGCAUUUUGAAACUUGGGAUCUCAGGUUUAUAGCUGGUUGAAGUAGUUUGCUAGUGUUUGUCAGUUCAGUGGUUUCUAAAAUGGAAUAUCCAAAUUCUUUUUGUGUUAGAAGAGAAGUACCAGUUGUACGAGGCAUGUCUUCUGUAUAUUAGUGCAGCUAUACAUUUUUGAUGCAGAUGGGAAACUAUGCAUCUGCUGGUCCAAUAUAUGUCAACAAUUCUGGACC